AUGUCCGUGCGAGGAGGACCUCGUUUUAGUUCUCCUCAGGGUUCGAGUUCUUACCCACCUAUUCCCAAGGACCUCCAAAUAGGUGGACCCUCGAACGCGGCGCCGGAGAUCGAUCCUCCGCCAGCUUCUUAUGCACCACCACAGCCGCCUAUGGGUUUCGACAACCCGAUCCCGACUUACCCAGGUUCCUCUGGGUACAAUCCUUUUGAAAACCCAACGGGUUACCCAUCGGAUUAUGGAACUCAUGAUCCGUACCUUACAGCUGCAGAAUACCAUCAUCUGUACCCUUCUUCUUACCCUCCAGUUUAUCCAACUGGACCCCUGGUGCAGGGUUAUCAAUACCCGCCUUACCAGCAACCUCCUCCUCCCCAGCAGCAGCAGCAAACUCAGAAAAUCCUGGAGAGGUUAGAUAGGGUUGAGCAUGAGGCUAGAAAAACCAAGAAGGAGCAUGGUAGCUUUAUGAAGGGCCUUGCAAACCUUCUUAAAGGCAAGAAGAAAUAG